UUUCUCAUCAAACCAUUUCCUACAUUUCCUAUAAAUCUACUCUUCCAACCGAUCGAAGCCAUGGCUAAGUUCUUUGCAGUCUUCGUCUUGGCUCUCAUUGCCAUUUCCAUGCUUCAAGCUACUGUCUCGGCUAAUGGAGGACAUCAUGGAGGCGGAUUUGGACCUGGAAGUUUGAAAAGCUCUCAGUGCGGUGGGGAAUGCAUAAGGAGAUGUAGCAAAACGCAAUACCACAAUGCAUGCAUGUUGUUCUGCCAAAAGUGUUGCGCCAAGUGCUUGUGUGUACCCCCGGGUUUCUACGGAAAUAAACAAGUCUGCCCGUGCUACAACAACUGGAAGACCAAGGAAGGCGGUCCCAAAUGUCCUUAAGUUUCGACAAAAUUUUACACGUUUAACUACGAUACUAUUCAAGUUUAUUCUAAAGUCUAAUUACUACUAAUUAAUUAUGUUCUAAGGUUUUUAAUAUGUACUACUACUACUACUAUUCCUUUUUGUGGUAAUAGUGUGAGGUCCAUUUUUAUCAAAAAGUGAAAUGGACUAAUGGCAUGUUUGUCAGUGUGCCGCAGUCCAUUGGAUGCUAUUCUUUCAUCCAACAUGUGAUUGGGCCCUAAAUGUUUCACAAGUAAUAUUUUGAUUUUAAGAAAUAUAUAAAUUAUUUACGUGAAUUUAUCGAUUCACGGUUUCAUA